CAAGUAAAAAAUAUUAAAAAAGUAUGCUUAUAUUUUUUCUUUGCAGGUAAAACAACGAAUAUUAGAUAUAGUUCAAUUAUCAAUGAUAAUUAAUUAUUAGUGUUUGUUACUGCAUUUUUUUAAAGUAUGCCAGAGGUAUAAAAACAUAUACAGGUAAGCAUCAGUUCGCGUCAGUUCAUUGGGGCGGAGUUAAAAAAGCAGGCGGCACAGACGAACUGAUGUAUAUGUCAUGUACACUGUGAACUUCCUCUCACAUAGCACUGGUAAAUCAGCUUAUUUACUAACGUCUGACUGAAGCUCGAACACACCCACAAUGUCACAUGACUCGGCUACCUGUCUGAAGAAGGUGAAGGCCUAGAUGAUAUCGUACAAAAAUUUUUCCAGUUAUGAAUGACAGACUAAGCCACCUUCAGGCAUUCUCACCAUCCAGCAGUCAUAUGGGUAUCUGGGAGAGCAACCCCGACCCUGAGAUGGAGGCCAUAUUUGAUGAGGCUAAUAACAUUCGCCGCGAGAUUCAACUCAUCAGUUUGGAUGUGAAGCAUCUUGAAGAACAGAAUUCUCGUGUUCGUCAUGAACUACCAAAUUCUAGCACUGUGAAGCAAGACUCUAAUGUCAUUGCUGCUAGCAUCAAGUCUCGUGCUAAAGCCGUGCUUGCAUGUCUUCGGAACAUGGACAUGCAUGCUAACGAGCUGGAGAAAAAGCAUGGGAUGAACAGUGUCCUUUAUCGAAUUGCACGAACACAAUAUGCUGGAUUGAGCAGCAGCUUCCGUGACGUGAUGAUGGAAUACAACAAGGCAGAGAUGAGCCAUAGGGAGACGUGCAAAGCGCAUAUCCAGAGGCAGAUGGAGAUUGUGGGGCGGGAGGUAACAGGUGAGCAGAUUGAGGAAAUGCUAAGUGAUGACCAGUGGAACAUCUUUAGUGAGAGCCUGGUCACAGAAGGGAAAACAGCACAGUCUGCCCUUAACCAAAUCGAAAACCGACACACAGAGCUGGUGGAACUGGAAAGCCGCAUAAGGAGCAUCCAUGAAGUUUUUCUAGACAUGGCCAUGCUGGUAGAAGAACAGAACAGCAUGAUUGACUACAUACAGACAAAUGUCCAAAAAACUGAUGCAGAUAUAAAGAGUAUGCUGGGAAAGCUGGAAAAAGCCAAGAAAUAUGACAGAAGCAACCCCUUUAAGAAGAUCUUCUAUAGGAAGCGUUAAUCAACACGUAAUUUUUUAUUUUAUUAUUAUUAUUAUUUUUUUUACAAUUUUUUGUCCUUUCCUUGCUGUUGUGAUGUUAUUGUGUACUAUUUAAGACAUGCUUUUUAAAUUUUAAUUGGUAAAAUGAUAAUAUUAAAUGGAGGGUAAUAUACCCACACUGACUGUGACUAAGAUAAUAAUACUGUGGAUGAGUUUGUCUUUUGAAUAAAUUAACCAAUUUUUUAUGUCAUGCUGUAACAAAGAAUUUUUGUACUUAAAAAUUUUUUCUUCUCAAACAUUUGAAUUUCUAUGUGUGAAUUUUGGAAUUAAUACAUAAAUGUUGAAUGUUUAA